GAAUCUAUGGAGAAGGGUGAAGGUAGCAGCAGCCCUAGAGGCCGUCCAAAGAGGUCUCACAUCAGAAAAACGGAGGUCAUCAGUUACGAGAAAAGCGUCGUGCAACUUUCAAAAGAAGGGAGGCAGACACAUUUGGUUGUGGACCGAGCCCGUAAAACGCCACUGAACACACAUGGUCGAUCUUACUCUACUGUCUUUGAUAACACCUCUCCUCAAUACAACUGGCUUCGCAGUGGUUGGAUCGUUGAAGAGCGUCGCAUAAUGCUGACCGGUCGACUUUACCGGUACUAUUACGAUCCAAUCGGGCAAGUAUACGGUACAAGGUACGAAGUGGAGCAGAUAUGGGCAUACAUUGACAUGAAUAAGAACAAAAAGAAGCACGAGGUCAUCAUCAUCGACUAGUAAUCUGCUAUGUAUUUGAUGGCCUUUCCAUUUAAGCUAUAUUUUAAAUAAAAUAAAAGGUUCAAUUCCAAGGUACCCUGGACAAAAUGGAAAUGACCUGUGUGUUUUAAUUUAAGGACUAAUUAAGCCUUUUUCGUUGUUGUUUAAUCUAUGGAACAAUCGAGUAUUUUCCGUUGCUGUUUCUG